AUGGAUCUGAAAGCUCAUGGCGUUACUGAUGUGUUCAAAUGGUGGUUGUUUAUGGCUACAGACAUCAUUGGUGAACUCACAUUUGGAGACUCAUUUCAAAUGCUUGAGAUCGGCAAGGAGGCUCAGGGAUACAUUAUUGCAGGAAGUGAUACUACAGCUGUCACAUUGACCUAUCUUACGUAUGCCGUGUGUCGAGACAGCCGAGUGCGAGAGAAGCUUGUUGCCGAGUUGGCUGGUAUUCCCGAGCCUGUCACGGACAAAAGCCUCAGAGACCUACCGUACCUCAACCAGACUAUCAACGAGACUUUGCGAUUGUAUACGGCUGUUCCGUUUGGUUUACCUCGACUAGUGCCACCCGAAGGUGCUGAGUUCAAUGAGUAUCGUGUGCCAGGAGGAAUCACGGUCUCAACCCAGGCUUAUAGUCUUCAUCGAGACCAUACUAUCUUUCCGGACCCGGAGAAUUUCAACCCUGAGAGGUGGGAAAAUCCAACAAAGGAAAUGAAGGAUGCUUCUUUACCAUUUGGUGGUGGAUCAAGGAUCUGUUUGGGUAUGCACCUAGCUCGAAUGGAGCUCCGUCUAGCCACGGCGCUUUUCUUCCGAGCCUUGCCUAAUGCUCGACCUUCUACGAAAGAAGGUAUGACGGCUAGCGAGAUGGAGAUGCAAUCCUUCUUCUUAAUGGCCCCGCAAGGCCAUCGUUGUAUUAUCGAGACAUGA